UCCCUUUUGCUUGGCUUUUGUGUAGUGCAUUUUGUUUAAUUAUUCUUUCCUAAUCCCAUGUGUGCCCUGUGUCUCUAGUUUAGUCUUUAAAUUUGUGUUGUGCUUGUUCAAUUGAUUAGUCUAAUGUUAGUGCUCCACUUCUUUGAACUAUGUGCUCACUGCUCACUUGAUUAGUCUAAUGUCAGUGCUUUUCGUAAUUGUAAUUUGUGCUUUUGUUCUUUUUAUGCAGUACAAGAUAACAGCAAGCAAUGGCUAGUCCACCCUCUGUCAACAAUGAGAACUAUGGUCCAAAAACUGACAAAGCAAGGAAGGCAAGGUCUAAUGAUCCAGGCUGGAAGUAUGGCUACUGGGCAAACCUUGAAAACAGAGAUCAAGUGACAUGUACCCUCUGUGACACCAUGGUUCAUGGAGGGAUUAAAAGGUUGAAGCAGCACUUGGCAGGUGGGUAUGGAGACACAAAAAUGUGUGCAAAGACCACUACUGCAAUCAAAAAGGAGAUGAAAGCUUACUUGGAUUCUAACAGUAGAAGAAGACCAUUGUUCCUUGAUGAGGAUAAUGAGCAGCAAGAGGAAGAAGAUGUGGUGGUGGUGGAAGCAGCUGAAUCUGUUCAAGUUGAAGGAAGUGCACCUGAAGAAUCUCAAUCCUCCAAGGUGCAACCAAGUUCAGGGACUGCAGCCAAACAAAGGCGUGCAACCUAUUUAUUUAAGGCUCCUGCAGCAAGCAAGAGCAAGACCAAGGCAGCACCAAAGGUGAAUAAGUCAAUCAUUGAGAUGCUUCGAAAAUCACCCGAAGAAAUGGUUGAUGAAAGGCGCAAAGGCUGUUCUCAGCCAACAAUUCCAGCAAAGAUCAAGACCCCAGAGGAUAAGCAUUAUGUGGAUAUGCAGUGGGCUUUGUGGUUCUAUGAGUGUGGUGUAUCUUUUAAUGCAGCAGCAGCAAGACAAUUUCAGAUUGCAGUUGAGGCAAUAGCGCAGUUUGGUUCAGGUUAUGUGCCUCCUAAUCCUUACCAGCUUGGGGAACCAUUGCUUAAGGAUGCUGUGCAAUUGACCAGUAAUGUGAGGAAGGAACAUGAGCAGGCAUGGAAGCACUAUGGCUGCACGCUUAUGUCAGAUGGAUGGUCUGAUAGGAGGGGCCGGCACUUGAUCAACUUUCUUGUGAACAGCCCAGAGGGGACUUACUUCUUGGAGUAUGUUGAUGCAUCAGAUGAGGUACAUGAUGCAUUUAUGCUUGCUGAUUUGUUAGAGAAGAAGAUUGAGGAGAUUGGAAAAGACAAUGUGGUUCAAGUUAUCACCGAUAAUGGUGCUAACUACAAGGCAGCUGGUAGGCUUCUAUUGGAGAGGAUUCCUACACUUUUUUGGAGCCCAUGUGCUGCGCAUUGCUUGGACCUUAUGCUUGAAGACAUAGGCAAAUUGCAGCCAUUUCAGAAGACAAUUGGGCGAGCAAGGCGUGUCACAACUUUCAUCUAUAGGCAUGGGAGAAUUCUUAGUUUAAUGAGAGAGAAGACAGGUGGGGCUGAUCUUGUGAGACCUGCAGCAACUCGUUUUGCCACUUCUUACCUCACUCUAAAGAGUUUACACAAGCACAAGGAUCCUUUGAAGGCUUUAUUUCUUAGUGAAGAAUGGAAUGGGAACAAAUUGGCAAAAACUGCAGCCGGUGCAGAUGUGUAUGGCACUGUGCUCUCUGUGGAGUUUUGGAAUGCAGUUGAAGAUUGUCUUAGAGCUUCAGCCCCACUCCUUAUUGUUCUUAGGGUGGUUGAUGGUGAUGAGAAGCCUACAAUGCUAGAAGUCGCAGCACUAAUGAAUCAUGCAAAAGAGAAGAUCAAGCUGAGUUUCGUUGUUGAUAGUAAGAAAGUCUUGCUCAAGAAAAUUAUUGAAAUCAUUGAGAAACACUGGGUGAAACAAAUGGACCAUCCUUUGUAUGGGGCUGCACUGUAUUUGAAUCUAGGAAAGUUACAUCCUCUCAUAUGGGAUCAUGAAGAUGCCACUGUUGGGCAGCUAAGAGGUUGUUUUCUUGAUGUGCUUGGAAGAAUUGUGGAGGAUGAAGAAACUAGAAGCAAGAUUGAUGCUCAGUCCUUGGACUAUGAAGCCCUUAGAGGAGAUGCAUUCUCAAACAAAUUGGCCAAGCAAAAUCUUGAGACAAAGAGCCCUCUUGAUUGGUGGCGCUCUUAUGGUGGCCGUGCUAUUGAGAUUCAAAGGUUUGCUAGAUGAAUUGUUAGUCUUUGUGCUGCAUCAUCUGGCUGUGGGAGAAAUUGGAGUACAUUUGAGUUUAUCCAUACAAAGAAAAGAAAUAGGUUGCUGCACAAGAGAUUGAAUGCUAUUGUCUUUGUUUCCUACAACCGGAAGAUGAAGACUAGGUUUCAGAUAAGGCGUGAGAAAAAAGGGAAAAGUUUUGACCCUUUGGUCAUUGAAGAGUUUGAUUGGGACAAUGAGUGGGCUGACUCUUGCUAUGUUCACCCUCAAGGUGCUCGUGGGUGUGAGGUUGGUGAGAGUGAGAAUGGUCUUACAUGGGAACUUGUUGAUGAAGUUCUAGGUGCAUCAAGCUCAUUGCGAGGACGCAAUUUACCAAGGAGGGCCAACAGCAAGCAUGCA